AUGUCAGAGGAGUCUCUCGAGAAUGGCCAGUCUUCCUCCUGGCAUCACCACUUCCAUCCACCUCGACCAAACUCAGCGAUGGACCGAUUGCCACCCCUACGAUAUCCUGGUGACGGAUUGGACUUUCGCCGGCCAGCCCGUGCUGCCACGCCACAGGAGGAAGAUGUGAUUGACUUGACAAAUGAGCCUGAGACCCCCCCACAACGAACACAGAAUCAGUCAUCGGGAACCGGGACUCCAGGCAGCUCGAGGCUGCCACGCUUUGGGCGAGACAUCAUGACCGACACGACCGAGGUCGUCGACUUGUUAGAGGAGGAACCAGAUAUCCCAGCAGAUGUUCCCUCGAGCAGUCCAGAGGUGCAGUUCGUCGGAGCCGUUCGACGACCGCCGGCCCAUCGAUCACCACAUCAUCACUUCGAGAGCUAUUUUCAACGAAUGAGGGCAACUCGUCCUCACUCUAGGAUUAUCCCCCGUCCUCGCGAGCGGGCCGACACUCGAGAAUUGCGAAGAGGGGCCUCUUUUGGAAACGGCUUGCCUUCAUUCGCGGACUCCUUCCUCCUCGGCGAUCAUCCCGACAGUUUGAUUUCUUUUCUCAACCUCAACUACGAGAGAGAAUCCUUCCCGAUGGGCCCUCCAAUACGCCCGGAACCUCGAUCUUCACGAAAUACAUACAAAGCUCCGAGUCCCCCGCCUGCUGGGUUCACACGGACACUUGCAGAGGACGAUGUGGCCAUCUGCCCCAACUGUUUCGACGAGUUAGGUGUUGGAGAAGGAAUAAAACAGGACAUCUGGAUCGCCAGGCAAUGCGGACAUGUAUAUUGUGGUGAAUGCGCCGAGAACCGAUCCCUCUCAAAAGCCAAAAAGUCGGCACAGAAGACCAAGCCCUUCUCCAAGUGCCAAGUGACAGGGUGCGGCAAGGCUGUCAGCCAACCGACUGCCAUGAUCCACAUCUUCCUAUAG